AAGAGGAGGGAAGAUCGGUUUAGUGUCAGCUGCAAUUAGAUAAUCAAAGCUUUCCAGGCCCUCCGUGGGCCCCCCCCUCCCCACCACAGCGGGGCAGCGGGGCCUCCCGGAGCGGAAGGGCUGCCAGCACUGCCCGCUGGCCGCCGCGGGCGCCCGCAGGUUGCCUGGGACUUGGCUGGCAGCGCGACAGGAUGAGGCUGUCGCUGUGCGCGGCUGACAUGGUGGAGCUGAGAGCCCAGGCCACCCCGGAGGCGGGCGAGCAGGCAGCCGGCUUGCAAGAUCUCAGUCACAGCGGACUGGCAGAUCAUUAUGAGAGCUCCCACUGGGGACAGCAGCCCACUUUCAGAAGCGAAGCCGGCUGCAGCUGGGAUAAAGUGAUCAUAGACAGGACCGAUAAGGAGGCGUGGCCUGCCAUCGCGGGGACGGAGACGGAGUCUGCCUCAGAAUGCGCUACGGACACUGACUCCGCCUCCAACUGCGGCUCGGAGAGCAGUAGCAUGGCCACGGGGGGUGCCCAGGGCGGCUUCACGGGACACGCCAAGAAGACCAAUGGCAAUAACGGCACCAGCGGCGCACUCGUCCAAAGCCCCCCGAAUCCGAGCGCCCUGGGAGCAGGGGGAGCCAACGGCACCGGCAGCGCGGCCAGAGCGUGGGGCGUAGCCACGGGCUCCGGCUCCGGCCUGGCUCACUGUGCGCUCGGCGGCGGGGACGGGAAAGGGGACACCAUGAUGGGGGACGGGAGAGGUCCGAACUGCUGGGGCGCCUCCACCCCCAGCGCCGGCAUUAAUCUCAACCUUAACCCGAGCGCCAACCCGGCCGCCUGGCCGGUGCUCGGGCAUGAAGGAGCUGUGGCGACAGGCAGCCCUGCCAGUAUUUGCAGUCCGGUCAGUGCCAUAGGACACAGCAUGGGCACCCAGAACGGGAACCCGACGGGCACUCUAGGUGCUUGGGGGAGCCUGCUGCCGCAGGAGAGCACAGAACCACAAACGUCCACUUCUCAGAAUGUGUCUUUCAGCGUACAACCUCAGAACCUUAACACUGAUGGACCAAAUAACACUAACCCCGCGAACUCUUCACCAAACCCUGUCAAUGCAAUGCAGACAAACGGGCUGCCCAACUGGGGCAUGGCUGUCGGCGUGGGGGCCGUCAUCCCGCCCCACCUGCAAGGCCUUCCUGGUGCUAACGGAUCGUCGGUCUCUCAAGUCGGUGGGGGCGGCGGCGAAGGGGUCGGCAGUUCCGUGUGGGGACUGUCCCCGGGUAACCCUGCCGCGGGGAGCAGCGGUUCUGGGCUCAGUCAAGGGAGUGGAGACACUGUGAACUCAGCACUGAGUGCUGAACAAAAUGGGUCCAGCAGUGCUGUGCAGAAGGCAGGGGGCGGAGGGGCCGCCUGGGACUCGGGGCCUCCCGCUGGCCCCGGGAUCCUCGCCUGGGGGAGGGGCCGCGGCGACAGCGGCGUCGGGAACGCCCACUCAGGCGCGUGGGGCCGCCCCAGCAGAAGCACUGCUAAUGGGGUGAACGGGGAGUGGGGAAAGGCCCCGAACCAGCAUUCCAGUGGUGAUGGCGGGAAAGGAUCCACGGGGUGGGACAGCCCUGGCGUGAGCGGCCAGAGCCCCGCCGUGCAGCCUGGCGGUGACCACCUGAGCUCAUGGGCCAAAGCCGCCUCUUCCGGAACCACGGCGAGCGAGGGCAGCAGCGAGGGCUCCGGCAGUCACGGCGAGGGGGGUGCCGGGAGGGAAGGCGCCGAGGGCCGGAGGCGAGAGAAGGGGGCUCUAGACCAAGGGCACAUCCAGUUGCCGAGGAACGACCUGGACCCGCGAGUCCUGUCUAACACGGGCUGGGGGCAGACCCCAGUAAAGCAGAACACUGCCUGGGAGUUCGAGGAGUCCCCGCGGUCCGAGCGGAAGAACGACAACGGGACGGAGGCCUGGGGCUGCGCGGCCCCGCAGCCCUCACACUCAGGGGGCAAGAGCGAUGGGUCCAUCACCAACAGUACAAAUACCUCUUCGGUGUCGGGGUGGGCCAGCGCCCCGCCUGCCGCUGGGCCGGCGGACGCAGGCUGGGGGGACAGCGGCGGCAGGGCGCCGAACGGCCCCGGGGUCUGGGGGGACUCGGUGAGCUCCGCUGCCGUCGCUAACGCUGCUGCCGCCAAGGGCGGCCACACCUGGAGUGGGACCGUGGGUCCGGAGGACAAGUCACCCACCUGGGGGGAGCCUCAAAAGCCCAAAUCUCAAAACUGGGGAGACGGACAGAAAUCGAAUCCAGCCUGGAGCGCGGGAGGGGGAGACUGGGCAGACGCCUCUUCUGUCCUCGGACACCUGGGGGAGGGGAAGAAAAACGGCUCCGGGUGGGACGCCGACGGUGGGCGGUCGGCGCCGGGCUGGAGCGAGUCCGCGCGGGCCGGGACCAGCGGCUGGGGCGGCGGCGCGGGUGCAAAGGCGAACGCAGGGGCGAGCUGGGGGGAGUCUCUGAAACCCGGCCCCCCGCAGAACUGGGCGAGCAAGCCCCAGGACGGCAGCGUGAGCAACUGGGGGGGGGCCGCCUCCGUUAAACAGACGGGGACGGGCUGGAUCGGGGGGCAGGUCCCUGUCAAGCCGAAGGACAGCGGCGAGGCCACGGGCUGGGAAGAGCCUUCUCCGCCGUCCAUCCGACGCAAAAUGGAGAUUGACGACGGCACCGCGGCGUGGGGCGACCCGAGCAGCUACAACAGCAGAGCCGUGAACAUGUGGGACCGGAACAACCCGGGCCUCCAGGGCGGCGCCGCGGCCGCCGCCACGGGCAGCAGCACGAGCGCCGUGGAGACGCCGCAGCCACACCCGGCCAGCGCCCCGCUGAACCGAUCGCCGCUGCUUGGUCCAGUCUCGUCAGGCUGGGGGGAGAUGCCCAGUGUGCACUCGAAGGCCGAGAACUCUUGGGGAGAGCCGUCCUCCCCCUCUACCCUGGUCGACAACGGCACAGCAGCCUGGGGCAAGCCGCCCGGCAGCGGCAGCGGAUGGGGGGACCAGCCCACGGAGCCAGCGGUGACCUUUGGGAGAGCCGGCGCGCCAGCCCCAGCCCCAGCCCCAGCCCUGUGCAAACCAGCUUCAAAAUCUAUGCAAGAAGCCUGGGGCAGUGGUGGGGACGACAUGAGCCUCGGUCCCAGUCAGUGGGAAGACGAAGAAGGGGGCAUGUGGAACAAUGCUGCUUCCCAGGAAAGCACCUCCUCCUGCAGCUCCUGGGGGAACGCCCCCAAAAAAGGACUCCAAAAGGGCGUGAAAGCAUCCGGCAAGCAGGACGAGGCCUGGAUCCUGAACCGGCUCAUCAAACAGCUCACGGACAUGGGCUUCCCGAGAGAGCCAGCCGAAGAGGCCUUGAAGAGUAAUAAUAUGAAUCUUGAUCAGGCCAUGAGUGCUCUGCUGGAAAAGAAGGUGGACAUGGACAAGCGUGGACUGGGAGUGACCGACUACAAUGGAAUGGUCACCAAACCCCUUGGCUGCCGCCCACCAAUCUCCAAAGAGUCUUCCGUGGACCGCCCCGCCUUUCUUGACAAGGACGGCGGCCUCGUGGAAGAGCCCACGACUUCACCAUUUUUGCCUUCGCCAAGCCUGAAGCCCCCCCUUUCGAACAGUGCACUCCCGAAUCAGGCCCUGGGCGGGGUCGCCUCAGGGCUGGGCAUGCAAAACUUGAAUUCUUCUCGACAGAUACCGAGUGGCAGUCUGGGCGUGUUUGGCAGUAGCGGAGCAGCACAAGCCAGGAGCAUGCCGCCACCGCAGCCGCCCAUGCCGCCGCUGAACCCCUCCCAGCCCGGUCUCCGUGCGCAAGUGCCUCAGUUUCUAUCCCCUCAGGUUCAAGCACAGCUUUUGCAGUUUGCAGCAAAAAACAUUGGUCUCAACCCUGCACUAUUAACCUCGCCGGUUAACCCUCAGCACAUGACGAUGUUGAACCAGCUCUAUCAGCUGCAGCUGGCGUACCAACGUUUACAAAUCCAGCAGCAGAUGCUCCAGGCCCAGCGGAACGUGUCCGGACCCAUGAGACAGCAAGAGCAGCAAGUUGCGCGCACAAUCACUAACCUGCAGCAGCAGAUCCAGCAGCAGCAGCGCCAGCUGGCCCAGGCCCUGCUCGUGAAGCCCCCGCCGCCCCCGCCGCACCUGUCUCUGCACCCCUCUGCAGGCAAACCGGCCAUGGACAGCUUCCCCCCGCACCCUCAGGCCCCCGGCCUGCCCGACCUGCAGACCAAAGAGCCGCAGUCUUCGCCCAGCACCUUUGCUCCUUACCCUCUCGCUGGACUGACCCCCAACGUGAGCGUCGGCAGCAUGGACAUGACUGGCGGUUUGCCGGUGAAGGACCCGUCUCAGUCCCAGUCGCGCCUCCCUCAGUGGACACACGCCAACCCGAUGGACAACAUGCCCGGUGCUGCUUCUCCUCUCGACCAGAACCCCGGCAAGCACGGUGCUAUCCCUGGAGGCCUGAGCAUCGGGCCCCCGGCGAAGUCCUCCGUCGACGACUCCUACGGCCGGUACGACUUGAUCCCGAGCAGCGAGUCGCCAGCCAGCCCUCCGGUGGCGGUCCCCCACAGCUGGUCACGUGCCAAAUCUGACAGCGAUAAAAUCUCAAACGGCUCCAGCAUCAACUGGCCCCCAGAAUUUCAUCCUGGAGUUCCUUGGAAAGGACUUCAAAACAUAGAUCCUGAGAACGACCCCGACGUCACUCCUGGAAGUGUCCCCACCGGGCCGACCAUCAACACCACCAUACAGGACGUCAACCGCUACCUCCUCAAGAGCGGAGGGAAACUGUCAGACAUGAAAUCGACGUGGUCCCCCGGCCCCGCCUCGCACACGCACACGCAAGCCUCCCUGUCCCACGAGCUGUGGAAGGUGCCCAGGAACACUGCUGCGCCCGCGCGGCCGCCGCCCGGCCUGACCAACCCCAAGUCCUCCUCCACCUGGGGAGCCGGCCCCCUCGGCUGGACCAGCUCUUACUCCUCGGGUUCUGCCUGGAGCACGGACACCUCAGGAAGAAGCAGCAGCUGGCUCGUCCUCCGCAACCUCACGCCCCAGAUCGACGGCUCCACCCUGCGGACGCUGUGUUUGCAGCACGGGCCGCUGGCCACCUUCCACCUGAACCUGACGCAAGGCAACGCCGUGGUCCGCUACAGCUCCAAGGAGGAGGCCGCCAAGGCCCAGAAGUCCCUGCACAUGUGUGUCCUGGGAAACACCACCAUCCUGGCGGAGUUCGCCGGCGAGGAAGAAGUGAACCGCUUCCUGGCCCAGGGCCAGGCGCUGCCGCCCACCUCCAGCUGGCAGCCCGGCACCGGGACCGGCCAGGCGCGGCUGGGCGCCGCGGCCAGCUCCCACGGCCUGGUGCGGAGUGACGCCGGCCACUGGGGCGCCCCGUGCCUGGCCGGCAAAGGGAGCAGUGACCUGCUGUGGGGCGGGGUCCCCCAGUACUCGAGCAGCCUGUGGGGCCCGCCCAACAGCGACGACGGCAGGGUCAUUGGGAGCCCCACGCCGCUGAACACCCUGCUUCCCGGCGACCUUCUCAGCGGGGAGUCCAUCUAGGACCGCCAGGACCCCGCAGGCGCCACAAUCAUCAGCACCGGGGCGGGACGCGGACCCUCUCCAGGCCGGGCGUCUCGGAGGACCCGCUCACCGCGGCCCGGCAGCCCUUCCAAGUACCUCUGCCCAGGACUGAAGACGGACCUCGGCGCGGCCCUUGCGAACUGUCCCGGGACGGUGCGGGCCGCGCCUGGCCGGCGUCCCUCGCCAGUGACAGGACGCUCCUCAUGGCUUUUCAUUCUGUGUUGUCUCACGUUCGUGUGGCGUGUCGUCGUUUUGAUUUUUUAAGUAUAAAAGCUGCUUAGAAUAGUUCUAUCAUGAAGGGCACUUUUCAGAUUGUGGGCUGGAAAGGGUUAUUUUAUCAAAGGGGGGGAGGGAGGGGGGAGGGAGGGAGACGAGAAAGCCUAUUUAAAACGAGCCUGUGACGAUUAUGCACAUUACCAGAGGCGGACCCCGCGAUCGGGGAGCCGGCGCUCGCCACCGGGCCGCGGCCCCGCGAGCGGGGCAGGAGGGGCGGCCUGCCGUCUGUCCUCCGUCCCCGCGGGUCCGCCCACGCACAUUACCCUUGUCUCAUUGCUUUUCCAUGUCAUUGUUUUUAUCCCAAAAAAUAUUUUUUAAAAGUUUAAAAAAAAAAGACAUAUCAAACAUGCAAAUACUUGAAUCCAGCAGGCCAUAAUGAAAUGUGAACACUUUCUAAGUCUAAUUCUACACUUCCAGGUCGGCAUCCGUACGCAGAAACAGGCUCUAGGAGAAAUUUCUAAGUUCACAGCCUAUGUGUGUGUGUGUGUGUGUGUGUGUGUGAGUGUGUGUGUGAGUGUGUCCAAACAAGCGAGUGUGUGCGCGUGCGCAUGUGCACGCCCCCGUGUCCGUGCGUCCAGCGUGAGAGGGCCUGACCGCGGGCCUCCCCUUGAUUCAGUGUCUGCUUCUCCUCGGGCGCCGGUCCGGCGUCCGGCGUCACUCGCUUCUCGCUUUGCACUGAGUGCCCCGCGCCUCCCCCGGCCGGUCCGCCGCGGGCGGACGAGGACCCGCAGGCCAGGGCCGCGGCACUUCACGUGUAAAUGUUUACUCAAGGACUCUGUUCUCGCGUCUAGAACUUACUUACCGUGUGUAUCUCUGGAGAAAUAAUAUGUGUACCUACCUUUAGCAGCUUUUUAUUGCGGACUCAUGCAAGAGAACUAUUACCAGAGUAUUGCACCAUUUUUCCACUCGGAGUAUCAAGUUCAAGAGAAAGACUGUUGCCGGACCGCGGCCACGCGCCCUCGCGGAGGGCGGGCGGGCGGGCGGUCCCGCGGGAGGAGCGGAAGCGAGCACUUGGACGUGGGUCGUGACUGCUUUCGGAGGGGCCCGUGGUGGGGGCUCCUGCCUGUUUACAGACCUUUUUUCUCCUUCAGACUUUAAAAUAAAAAAUUUUAAAAAGGAAUUUAAAAAAAAGAAAAAAAAAAGACUUCCGUCGUAAAGUAAAGAAACCUAUUUUCAGAACGCAGACGCGCUGCUUCAGAGCUCUGGGAUCGAACAGUGUUGUUCCCCCCCGGCCGUCGCCGGGGGCCCUGUCGGUCGCCCCCCUCGGCCCCGGCAACGAGGCGCUGUGGUCACUGUCUUGCACAUGCGGAAGCGCGCUCAGGAAAGCCGGGGUUCCCGAGGGGCGGCUCCACACCGUUCCAUGUAUUUUGUAACCCAACUCCUAGCACUGAAGAUGUUAUUAAAAAACAAACAAAAAAAAAUACAUAAAAAAAGAAAAAAGAGGAAAAACACACAAAGAAGAAAAGUACCUAAUCUCUAAUGUGUAGCAGUUACAUAUUUACCAAAUAAUGGACUCAAAAGAAAUAGAUGUUUGAAGAGUGCUUUAUAUAUUAAAAAUUGCUUUAUGUUUUAAAAAAAAAAAGAAUCAAUGUUUUGAUUGUUUUGCAAGAAAGAAAGACAAUGGCGUAACAUACCCUCACGUAUGUUUUAAAAAUAUAUAUAUAUGAACUCUGUGCUCCCUGCCUGCUCGAUCAGGAAACUCUUGUGCAUUACAUUUUUUUUAAUUCGCUUUUUAAUGGUUUUAUCAAAA